UUCAUGACCUUAAAUCAAAAGCCUUGAUGUAAAAUAUGGCAUCUUAUUCACGACAAAAUGCACUUCCUACAAAUUCUACAGAUUCGCUCAAAUCGUCGUCAGGUCUCACAGAAACACAACAGAAAGUAACCAAACUUGCCGAAAUAACAGCCAAGACUUUCUUCGAUUUCAUUCUCCAGUCACGAUCUGAUGCUAACGCGGACUCUACCCAGCAGCAGUUGAAUUUCUCUGAGAUUUUAGAACACGCAGAUAAAUUUAACAAAGUAUUUGUCGACACAUUGACUAUAAAAUGGAACGACAACCAAGUGGGAAAGAGUCCAGAUUACUCACAGCACUGCGACAGCGCAGAGGAAGACGAAGUAUUUGAGAACUCGCUCUACCAACCAUGUCCAGAUGGACCCACGAAUCAGUACGAGCCAGUUUACGAGAACUCAAUGGAUUCGGCCGGCGGAGGGGAUUACAGAGACUCGGACGACUACUCAGACGCGAACCAGAACCUCGGAGACGUCACUCCGACACCUCCCACUGAGUCCCAUUACAGUGCAAUGCGAGACUGCGACAGCGGUGCCACCCCGAGAUCAUCGGCAGGAGAAAGUCGUAUCUAUGACACACCUACAAGUUCAGCAUCAUUGGAAGACAAACUGGUGUCUCAAUUACAAGCUCAUGGAUUCAAAGUCCCGCCCAGUAAUGCCCAGGAUUCGGGUUCAAUGAAGAAAGCAGAUACGAAAGAACAUGACAUUUCAGCGAGCGAUGACAGUUUGAACGUCUCAGAAAUGGAGAAACGAAUGAAAACUUCGAUGCAAUUGAGUUUGACGCAAUCAGACAACAGUUUGAAAACGAGUGCAGCUAGUGGAAACGAAUCACAAAAUGUGGCAAAAUCGAAGCCGAAACUUAAAACUGCAAUUAUGGACUUGGGAACAGAGGCGACAGAGUUUUUGAGGUCUAAAUCUAAGAGCAACGAAAGUCCAAAGCCGGCUUUGAAAUCAGGUGUGGAUGCGAAUCAGCCUAAAAGCGCCCCGGUGGUUGUGAAAAAGGAAAGUGUAUUGGAAGUGAGACUCCAUAAAAAAGAAUCCUCGCCAUCUUCUUGGAAAGCUUGUAGAUUGGUGUUGCUGAAAACACACGGUGGACUGAUGCUAAAUGUGUACACGCCUCCUGAAAGCGACAAAAUUUACUCUAGUAUUUUCUGUCCUCUUAUUUACGAAAUAGGCGAGGCUACAGAAGCGCAAUUUGGGAAAACUGCCGACCGUGUUAUGGUUAUCAAAGCGCAAGAUGCUCCAGUUGUGACAUUACGUGCCAGAAAUUACGAAGAUAAACACGACUGGAUUUGUGUUCUGAGAGAAAACACGGACGCGAAGUCAACUAAACGAGUUAUUUACACAGACUCUGAAGAACUAUCGCCGAUGACGCCGACUGCUGAAAGUUUCGAAGGCAGAUCGCAGCCGAGAGUCAACACCAAUGGAGCAGUUUACUCGUACGAAAGUGGAUCCCCAAAUCAUAGUCGAAGACCUUCGAACAGCUCGAUGAGUUCGAGCUACAGCAGAGAUAGUCUGGACAGGAACAAUUAUGUCUCCGCUGGCUUUGAAAACAGUUUUGACCGGCAAAAAUCCUGUCCGAACCCUUCCAAUUACAUUUACCAAGGUGGAGCAAUGUAUGUUCGUCAAAACAGUCAUCCUAACAAAGCAGUCAGUCAGAUGAGUGUGAAUGACAAAGAUAUGGGGGGACAGUCGGUGCCCGGAAGCGGAGGUCACGUGCCAAGGAUUGCCAGUUGCGGGGAUUUUAUGAAUGCGCCUCCAGUAACGGGAGCUUCAAAUCGUGGACAGUCAAUCUAUGGUUCGCGAGGGCCACCGCUUGAGCAACUGAAAAAUUAUCCUUGGUUCCACGGGAAACUUCCUAGAGAAACGGCGUCCAAGAUGGUUCUGGCCCAGUCUAACCCGGCAGCUGGACAUGGAAUUUAUCUGGUGCGGCAAAGUGAGACGAACGAAAAUGAGUUCACCCUCACCUUUAAUUAUGAAGGCAAAGCGAAACAUCUGAGAAUAAACGUGGACGCGCAAACUGGAGUUUGCCAGUUGCAGAAUCUUCAGUUUAAGUCUCUGAGACAUCUGAUCGAGACAUACACGAAAGAAAAAUUGCCAAUUGACGUCAAAGGAACUUCAGACAUUACUCUCAAAUCGUACAUUGCCAACUUUGGGGGUGCGUCGGGCGGGGGAGCAAUGAACCCGCAGCUGCAAUCCCACAAAAGGAACAAGUCGGUCGAUUUUAACAUCGAGAAUGGCGGGGGGCCUCCCAGAAAUCAAAGUCAUUAUGGUUACGGGAACCAAAGGUCAAAUCCGAGUGGAGGAAUGAACAAAGUAAGCAACUCCCAGGGCGUGUAUUAUGCUUCCCACAAUUAAUUGCUAGCACAACCUGGAGGAUUUUUUUUUUGGAGAUUUUGCUGGAUUUCAAAAUCUGGAUAACCGUGAUUGAAAAUUGGAUCUAUUGCAUGGAAUGAAUGGUUGGACAGAAAAUUUGGAUCUCUACACUUUCAGAGCGUUUGUGGAUUUCAGAUUAUUUUCUAGAAUUCGAAAGAUGGUUCUUGAAUUUUCUGAAAGGAAUUUGAAUCUGCAUGAAACUCGAAUGAAAGUUUGUUGCUAUAUGGUUUCAAUUUCCCUCAUAUGUUCAUGUUCGUUGUUCUGUAGCGAAUUUUGCAACAAUCAAUUUGAAAAGUUUUUCUUGGUGCUUCGUUAUAAUUUCGGUCGGAUAAUGCAUAAUAAUACUAAUUGUCUCAUCCAAUUGAUAUUUAGCUAUAUGGAAUGCGCACAUUUUAAAUGCGUUUUUUCGCAUUCUAUCUUUUUAAGUUUUGUAUUCUAUCUUCCAAAGUUUUGUAUAAUUUUUACGCUGUUUCUAAAGCUUUGAAGUAUCGUGUUAAAUGAAAAAUUUGACCUUUUCGUGUAUCAGUAAAUUGAAGUUGAAAUUUAUUGAAGGAAUUUUUUAAAAUAUUGCAUUUAAAACGCGGAUACAUCAAAUGUUCAGUAUGAAUUCUUGCGUUCUUUUCGAGCUCCCGGCUUUCCAUUUAUCGACGAUAUCAAAACUAUUUGUUGUCAAUUAGUGAAAUAUGGAAUGGAGAUAAACGGCUUUUAACUCCAUCAUGCCUCUAAUUUCUUUGUAUUAUAAAGGUCCAUACUGCAAUAAUUUUUCUAUACAUAAAUCAAUAAAUAUAUUUUCAUCCAUCAUUUUAGUUUAAGCGAUUCUCUUAUCUAUGCUUGCAAAUGUCGCUUCAAAUGCAUCUAAGUUUUUUCGACCGAUUUUUGGAACUCGUUUGAUAAAAUCAUGCUGCUUGUUUAUUGAUGCAAUUUCAUCAUCUAUUUGGAUAUUUACUCAAUCCCAUUUUUGUGCAAUAUUGGCUUGGAAUGUUAAACAAUAUCGAAGCAAGCGAUCUUUUUUCUGCUACAUGACAUUAACAUUUUUGGCAAAU